CGUACUUGCGUUGCUGCGCGGCGCGGGAAAGCUUAGCCAGAUUUUAUAUGUUUAGAAAAUGCAGUGUGCUGGUUAUCCCGAAGACAAACUGUGCUCUCUGGCUGAUAGACUGCCAUGCAGAGAGACGCAGGUGACCACGCUGCUGUCACUCAUGGGAGAGCCAGAUCAGUACAGCUAUCCAUCAAUCUUCAUUUAUGGCCAUAGAGCAACAGGGAAGAGUCAUGUGGUGCUCUCUAUCAUGAAGGAGCUGGAGCUUCCUCACACUUUUGUGGACUGUGUGGAGUGUGUGUCUCCUGCGCUCCUGUUUCACCGGGUGCUCUUGGCCUUUUUCGGUCCAGAUGCUGCAGCGUCAUUGCCCCGCUGUCCAUCUUUGUCAGACUUUGUCAGGCUUUACAAACAAAUGAGCUCAAAGACACCUGCUACCCAGACACGCUAUUUAAUUCUGGAUAGAGCUGAACGCACGAGAGAUAUGGAUUUCAGCCUGCUUCCUGCUCUCCUGCGCUUACAGGAACUGGUCCGUGAUAAUGUGACCGUUAUCCUGCUCAGCCAAGUCGUCUGGGAGAAGUUUCGCCCCAACACUGGCUGCUUUGAACCUCUGCUUUUUCAUUUUCCAGACUACAAUAAAGCGGAGCUUGUGCAGAUUCUGUCUCGGGAUCAUCACCCCGCUUACACACCUGAGCUCUACGCCUCCUACAUCAACAUCCUGCUAGGGGUCUUUUUCUCAGUGUGCAGGGAUCUAAGGGAACUCAGACACCUGGCUGCCUUGAAUUUUCCCAAGUUCUGUGAGCCACUGGAGAAAGGAGAAGCCAAAGAGAGCGAUAUUCACAAGCUAUGGAGAAAUAUCGAGCCCCAUCUGCAAAGAGCCAUGCAGACAGUUUACCUCCGAGAGGUGUCCAGCAUGCAAUGGAAGGAGCAGCAGAUGGAUGAAAAGGAAACCACAACACCCAGAGGUUUAUCAGCCCAUGCUCACAUUGAGCUGCCAUAUUAUUCCAAGUUUCUGCUAAUCGCUGCAUACCUGGCGUCUUUUAACCCCGCACGCACUGACCGACGCUUCUUUCUUAAGAGUCAUGGGAAAAUAAAGAAGACAAACUUCUUGAAGAAACAUGAGAAGACUAGUAACCAUCUGUUGGGACCGAAGCCUUUUCCACUUGACAGACUGUUGGCCAUAUUCUACAGCGUUGUUGAUAGCAGAGUUGCACCUACUGCCAGUAUCUUCUCGCAGAUCAUGUCUUUAGUGUCUCUGCAGCUUCUCACACAGAUCGGACACGAUGACCAGCUGGACGCACCCAAAUACAAAUGUGCAGUGUCUAUGGACUUCAUUCUCGCCAUUUCCAGAACUGUAAUCUUUGAUGUGGUGAAAUAUCUUUAUGACUUCCUAUGAGCCUGUUUUGGAAUUAAAGCUGACAUCUGAUUGGACAAAGCAUUUAGGAUUAUUCGAAUGACAGCAGAAGAAAUGAGCUCUACACCUUCCCUUUUAUAAGGGAGAAUACAAUUGUAGCAAAUGACUGAAACUUUGUUUACUGCUUCUCGUGUCAGUUUUGAAGAUGAUGGCUUGAUGAAAGGCAUGACAUCACUUUCGAACCAUAUGGUAAUGUCACGGCUGCAUCACAUGCUUCUUCAAAUGCUUGAGUGUUCAUUCUACAUUGAAAAUAUGUUGCGUCUUCUUUGGAUCUUUUGUUAGACAACAAGGGCUUUGUGGAGUGACCUUGUUAUCCUUAGCAAAGCUACGUUGAAUAACAAUUACCCUCGAGGUGGCAGAGAAACAAAGCCUAAAUAGAAAUUAAACACAUUUAGAGAAAUGAAUUGUUUGUUCACUGGAAUGUAAGUGAUUGAAAUGUAUUUUUUUUAUAAAUAUAUUUAUUUGGUGUUACAGUCACUUAAUUCAGUUUUUGAGAGCCAGCUGGUGAGAGCAGCGUCUGACUCACAAGGUCUCUAUGGUAAUAGAUUGCUGUUGUCAUGGAAACUGAGCAGACCAUAGUUAAAAGACUCCAUAUUGUGACUCAGGAAUUCUCAUAGAAUGAUGUAAUUGGAAACAAAGAUAGGGGCUUGGAGGACAGUAAUUUUGGUGUCAUGUUUAUUGCACAAAUACUAUACCAGUUCAUUACCAAGCAGUUUUGCAGUACAUCAGAAGGCACCUUUAUAAUGUGUCUUUGUCGUCAAAGAGACUGUUGAAAGCUUUGCAAGAGCACAACAAAACAACUUUUACACUCAUACAAUAUAGAGAAUACAAGGUGGAAAUGUUGAAUAUACAGUACAUGUUAAUAUUCACAUGUCUUUGAAGUAAACAUUUCUCGCUUUGUAAUAGGGUGGUUGACAAUGUAUUUUUAUCCUGAAGUUUGACACUUUAUUUAAAGCUACUGUUAACAAUUUAGACUGUUACUUGAGGUAAUCACUGAAAUAAAUAACUUUCCACAGCAUUUUUGUAUGUAUUACUUUGGUGUGUAUGUAUGAUAUGGUUAAUUUUGAGAAAAUUUUAACACUGA